CGGAGCGCUGGUUGGAGAGUGCUGAGAGGCGUUGAGGCAGAAACUUCAGCGUUAAACCUUCAAGGUUUAAGAACAGACAUAAGUGAUUUCAAUCCGGAAAGCAGGAAGGCGGCCUGAGGGCGGGAAUAAAUCCCAUUGAUAGAGGCACCAACUGAUACCAACACUCGCUGUUGUUGACAUGUCGAGUACCUCUCCAGGUACACGGAAACGCAAGGAGGAUAUUCAGAAAGGGUUACAAUUUAUUCAAUCGCCAUUACCUUAUCCUGGAAGUCAGGAUGAAUAUGAGACCUUUCUGCAUCAGCUUGUUAAAAACUUAUUGGAAGAAGGGAAUGAGCUAUACCAAGAGAAGGAUUAUAAACAGGCCCUGUUCCAAUAUGUAGAGGCCUUGAACGUAGCCCAGUAUGCACAAUCAGAUGAAGUGGUAAUCGCACAACGGUUACUGGAGCACCUCUAUGUUAAUCGAGCAACCUGCUAUUUCAGUAUGGGUGUUUAUGAGAAAGCUCUUGAAGACUGUGAAAAUGCUUUGAAGCUCAAUGAAAAUAACUAUCGAGCUCUUUAUCGGAAAACCAGAGCACUCAAUGAACUAGGAAAGCAUAAAGAAGCUUAUGAGUGCAUCGCCAAGUGUUCCUUUGCUGUCCCCCAGGAUGAAAAUGUGGUGAAAUUGACACAAGAACUGGCACAAAAGUUGGGGCUACGGAUCCGUAAAGCAUACAUCAGAGCUCAGCCUGAUGUGGAUACAGGGGGUCGGACUACAAUUGGAAAUUCCGUGAACAGUGGGCAUGUAUCCAUAAGUGGCACAAGUGAUAUAGAUGAUAUUGAGUCAGAUCUGGCUUUGGAGUUUCCACGUGCUCCUGGUCCUGUCACCAAUCCCAUACCAGCCAGUGAUCCGUCAGGCCCUCUUCUCUCAGCUGCCCUCAGUAUCCAGCAGUCCCAGGAAGACCCUGCUCCACUUAAAGGUCCAGUCGGCGAUGGCGUCUCUCUCUCGGUCCCUGAAACUGCAGAUGAAUUUGCAGAUGGAGAGAUCAUUGGAGAAGACUUGGACACGUUAUUGGAUUCUAUCGGGGAGGCAAAUGAAUUUCCGAUGACGUCAGUGGCAGGGACUAUUCCAACUAACCUACCCGAUGAUGUGUCCAGGCUACUCGCCGCCUUACCCAGUGGCGCACCAGUGCUUCCACCUGCUGUAAAGGGUGAUGUUAGCCCUAAAGUGUCGCUCCCACCAGCCUACUCAAUGCUUCCGGUCCAGAAAAUGGACACCCUGGACACAAUUGGUCCAAGCACAGCUGUGACUAGUUUGGAUUCUUUGGAUCUACUCCCUGGAACAGAAUCUCAGUCUGUAUCAAGACCAAUGACACCAAACAACAACAAGGGCGUAUCAAGCAGCUUCCCUUUGGUUAAGCAAGUGAACUGCCUGCCUGCAUCAACCCACCCUGCGGCUCUACUUGGAUUAGUGCAAAGAGGCAGUGAAGCAACCCCGUCGCCGUUGACAAAGAACCCACUCAGCGAUACGCACAAUCUGCGCCAGGCCUGCUCCACCUGCUUCGUAAAAUCAGGAGCUAAGGCAUUAGAUUUCACUUAUAACCCUGACCUAGAUCAUAAAUGUAAAAAAGAUCUUUUGAUUGGAAGACUGAACAAUUCAACGGACUCACGAUGGAAGAAAAUCAGGCCCAGACCUACCCGGAAUAAUUAUGGAGGACCAUACUACUUGUGUAACGAUAUAGUGAGUAAGGGGGAAUGCAAGUUUGGAGAUCGCUGUACGUUUGCGUACAGUCAGGAGGAGAUAGAUGUUUGGACACUGGAGCGUAAAGGGGCAAUAAACCGCGAGCUACUCUUCGAUCCACUUGGGGGUGAUACCAGAUGCAGCCUCACGGUAGCUAAGCUGCUGAAGGAACAUCUUGGCCACUUUAUGUACCUUUGUGAGGAAUGUUUUGAUAGCAAACCCAGGUUAAUAAGCAAGAAGAUGAAGGAUGAUGCUUCUUUCUGUUCCAAUCCAGAAGUUAAGCACAACUUUGAGGAGAACAAGUGCCUGGUCCACAUGUUGCGGGCCAUGACUGUGAAGUACUCCAAGAUUCGUCAGUUCCAGGACCACUGCCAGUUUGAUGUGUGCCGUCACGAGGUGCGCUAUGGGUGUCUGCGGGAGGAUAGCUGUAACUUCGCUCACAGUCUCAUUGAGCUCAAGGUCUGGGUGAUGCAGCAAAGUUCAGGGAUCACGCAUGAUGAGAUUGUCCAGGAGUCUACAAAGUAUUGGCAGAGUGUGGAAGCUGGUGCAAACAAAAUGCAGGUGACAUCCAAAGCUGGAAAGACAAACUCGCUGGGCAUGAAGAUGAAAUUUGUCUGCGGCCAGUGCUGGAGGAAUGGGCAGGUGGUUGAACCAGACAAGAGCCUCAAGUACUGCAGUGCCAAAAUACGUCAUGGGUGGACUAAAGAGCGCCGGGUGAUGCUGGUUAUGUCGAACGAGCGCAAGAAGUGGGUUGCCAUCCGUCCUCUGCCACCUUGCAAGAACAUCCCACAGCAGUAUGAUUUGUGUACACAUGUGGCAAAUGGGAAGAAGUGCCAGUAUAUUGGAAACUGCUCAUUUGCGCACAGUGUCGAAGAGCGUGACGCCUGGACCUACAUGAAAGAGACUAAAAUGCAUGACAUGCAGCAGGUAUAUGAGAUGUGGCUGAAGAGUCAGAAGCCAACGAUGACCGGAGGGGCAACAGAACUCUCCGCCAAGCAAAGUGAGAAGCAGAUCCACAUGCCCACGGAUUAUGCCGAUGUGGGGAUCGGCUACCACUGCUGGCUGUGUGGGAAGAACAGCAACAGCGAGAAGCAAUGGGAGAAGCACAUCACGUCGGAGAAGCACAAGGAUAAAGUGUUCAACUCCGAGGAUGAUCAUAACUGCUGGCAGCACCGCUUCCCUAUGGGAGAGUUCAAACUGUGUGAGAGAGAAAAGAAGAAAUGCUGCCCUGACGGCGACGACUGCCGGUUUGCCCACAGCCAGGCGGAGCUGAACGAGUGGCUGGAACGCCAGGAGAUCUUGAAAAUGAAACUUGCCAAAGCCAAGAAGGACAUGUUGAUCACGCCGGACGACAACGACUUUGGCAAAUACAGUUUUUUGAUGAAAGACUUAAAUUAAUGGAUAAAACCGGUUCAGUUUAAUUAUCACUGAAACCUUUAAAUUUAACAAAAAUUGAUUUUGGUAACAUAAUGGAUAGUCAUGAAUUGUGACGUCAUUACACUGAGGUGACCUUUGUUACCUCACUUACUGCAUCUUUACUCCUGUCUUAAAUGCAGUUGUUAAAGGAUGGGAGCGUCUGUAAGCAGAUGCUAGUGCUCACAACUGCUGCAGGAGAGGUAUGAUUGAGCUGGGGUUUGGGUGGGUGCGGGAGGUGUGAGGUCAGUGGGCUAAACAUCUGUACUUUGACAGGUUUAAAAACCCAUGCAACUGCGUAGUGCUGGAUAAGGGAUAGCCCAGUGAGUUUCCCCGACAGAACUUGGGGGCAUAAGCACCUAGGUUCAAUCCACAUUCUUCACUGCGUUAGCUGAUUGCUCAAAAGAACCCAAUUGCCUUCAACAGUGUUAGUAUUGGAACUUGGCCAGGGUUUUUUUUACCUCUGAUAGUUGACCAAAAAAAUACCUUUAGGUGUAAAAAAAAAUGACGAUAUUAAGAAAUGGACACAUUACCAGUGGGCACAGUACCCUAGUGAGGUUGUAGUGUUUUGGGAAGGUAAAUGUGAGGGAGAAAUAAUGCCAAAGAUUAUAGAGAAGGCAAUACAAUGCCCAUGUAUUAUUACCAGAAUGAGUAAUGUCACACUUAGUAUAUUUUUGAGCUUUUGUGUGUGCUUGUCUCAGGUCAGCAAAGCUAUUUUAGAAAGAAUAGGUAGCGUCUGUUGUCAUCUGCUAAAAAAGCUACUGAUAUGUCAGCCUGAUUACGGUUCACAUGCACUCAACCCACCCGAGCUGGUUUAAAGCAGCCAGUGCCCAGCACUAAUAUCCCAUUUUCUUCCUUUUCCCCUGAAGUCCUGCAGAGAUUUACGGUCUCCGUAAGCUGACCCAUUUGGUCACUAUUAUGCUGUGAAUCUAGCUGGCAGGGCAGGUGAGGUGCAAGCUUUCAAACCGGCCCUGCCGUCUGAGGUUCACAUCAGCUGGACUACCUGAAGGAUGACCGAGUAAUUAUCGAAGGUAAAACCCUGACUGAAUUGGUUUCCUGCCCCCACUGUGACGCUGAGGGUGGUUGUUGUAUUAUAGGCCUGAGAUCAGCUAACCCAACACACACCUCCCUGCUCCCUACCUUGGGUCUACACCAGUUGUAACAAAAGAGCACUGAGACAGCGUUAGUCUACUGAGCAAAAGGCUGUGGUCCAUACCAAACUCCUCAAGAUGCUGUAACUGCUCAGUUUGUGUUUAAAUGACCUUGUCGUCCAAAUAUAUUUGGGGGGAGAAUGUUGUAUUUUGUAAAUCCCUUCCCCCAAAGGAACUUUCUCUUAAUUUUAAUUGAUUUGUUAUUAACAAAUAGAUCUGUGAAAUCUAAACCCACUCUUUUAAGUGCAAAACUCAUCAUCUUCUCCUAUCUUCCUCCUCACCUGUAUUUGGUUUCUCUUUCUAUUGUCUGUCUAAUUUGUCCACAUUGUGUCUUGCUGGGAAAUCUGUUCCCUGCUCAGUUUUACACAUUCAGUAGUUAACUACCGUAGUUGAACUCCCUAGUUCAUUAAGCAACUGGGUCCACCACCCUGUCAGGAGUUUGUGCAUGGGUCAAACUCAUUAUAAAGAGCUGAGCUGAAUAGUCUUCCUUCCAUUGUGUUCAGUCGGUUACUUAACUCUGUACUUUGAUAAGCAUUUCCUCUCCCCACUGUUCAUAGGACAAGGUCAGCUUUUUGCUCCAAGUCUUUGUGAUAGUGUCCUCAUAACGACAUUGAGUAGGAAAUGACAGCAAUGUGACAAGGUAAUGAUGAAGAAGUAACUUUGUCUAAAUUAGCUGUUAGUUGACUUGGAGAAAAGUGUGGACACGAUUGGUUACUCUUUUCUUUCUCUUAGUACCCGAGCUUGAGAGGCUGAGUGGAAUUGCUAUUGCGCUGAUUUCCAUUUCGUGAGCUGGCCAUUGAGACCAACUGCUGUCCGCCAGGGUUUAUGCUCUUAUCCUGCCUCAUCUAAGCUCCAUCAGCACAUCUUCCAUUUCUAGCUCCCUAUGACCAUUCCUAGUCUUCCUUUCAAUUGCAACAUAUGGUCGUCAGAGUUCCAUAUCCUUAACACUUAAAAAAGAAGUUUUCUCUAUUGACUUCAGUUAUGCCCCUUUUGCUUGGACUUUCCACAGUGGAAUUUUUUUUUCCCACAUCUGCCCUAUAGUAUUACUUUAUAGUUCUGAAGACCUUUUCUCCAAUGUAAUUGUUUGAGUGCCAAGCAUGGUACAGACUGACACAAUGAUCAGUGUAGCACGAUAUGAAACUUAAGUCGAGUUUGUACUCAGUGCAUGUCCCAUCUCUGGCAUUGUGUUGCUUGCUCUAUUGCUGUUAGCAAUGAAAAAUUACAGCUUUCUGUAAUGUUGAUUCUUGUAUACUUUUAACUGCUGAACGUGCAAUCUACACAUCCUCAAUUUAAAUUGUUACAUACGUUGUGCUCUGUGCUUAGAACUUCCCGUGUUAAAGUUAAAUCUUUGCAAGAAAGUGCAACAUCAGAGAAUGCUACAUAACAUUUUGAGCCUGAGGAAUGAGACUAAUGCCAACAUGAUUUUACACUGCCAUAGGUGGGUCCAUGUUGCUGACAAGUGGACGCGUCGAACAUGUUCACUGGCUUUGCUCUGCUCUAGAGCCUGAGCUGAGUGGGACAGGCAUAAGCCAGAGUCGAAAAGAGAGGAUGGUAGGGGGUGCUUUUGAGGCAGGGACGGUUACUGAAUUAGGCUGAAAUUUUAAGGAGGCCAAGUGUGAACUUUGGGUUGGAAACUGUCAACCCUAAGUGCAACUAAAUCAGACCAGCCCUUCAGAUCUGUUCCUUUUCCUAACUAUGUGCGCACACACUGCAGCCUCUAAUACUUUUCAAAAAUACCCCAGCCUGUACCCCCAGUGAAAAAUGCUGUUGGACCAUCUGCUGUCUUUCAGUGCCAGGUAUGGCUGAGAGCAGCAUGCACAUUUGGAUCACUUGGUUGGGUUGAGUUGAAGCUCUACUUUGCAGAGCAGCAGAAGCCAAAAGAACGUUUCAAGUAUAGGAAUUUGCGGAUUUUGCCCAAAAUCACCUUCCUUAGUAUAUUUAAGGUGGGGGGAGUGAAAGAACUGAGAUAUCUUUAUGAUUUUUCACUUUGAGUAGUUAAGAAAGGGAAUUUUUCCGAGCUAGUGAUUUGAUUGAUGAGCCAAAAUAACCAGCUGCCUUGAGCAUUGUUUUGAGUACAAGUUAAGGGCUUUCUUACUACCCUGUUCAUACGGGGACUUGUCUUCACAAAACAUGGUUUAGAUGUGCUUCACAAUGUAAUAAGUAUCAGAUCAAGUGAUUUUGUCCAGAUCAUGUUGGAGUUUAUUGUUUGCAGAGUCUGCAAAAGAUGUUCCAAGGAUGGAAUCAGUUGGCUGGACAGCACACUCUACUUGAAAGUGGAAAUUCAUGGGUUUCUUUCUCAGUACAAUUGCCCUAGGGUCCAGGAAUUACUCUCCAGGACAUUGCUAUGUACCAAUCAUGCAGAAAAAUCAGAGUGCGAUUUCAAAAAAAAAUCCUUUUUAUUUUGCAUCUUAGGCCUAUAUCACAUUCUGCCUGGUGUCAUCAAUAGGUUGUCAUUUGCAAAGUUAAGGUGAAUAGGUGUAAGUGGUUUUUUUUUUAGGAAGUUUGCUGGUUACCAAUCUUUUACCAAUUUUACUGUUUCUAGUAAACUUUUCUAUAUAGUUUGAAAAAUAUUAGAUGUGCUUGUGCUUAGAUAGCUAAGAAUCAUCCAAUUGGGUAUUAAGUCAUAUUACUUUCCUAUUGGUUUAGGAAGGUUGGGUUGUGAGAUUGGAAGUGUUUAACAGGAGUGUUGGACAGGGCAUUUAUUAAGAGACCAUGUGGUUCCACCUCCAAGAGUAUGACCAUUCAGAAUUGGUCAUCCCCAGGGCAGAAGCAACUGAAGGAUACAAGACCUCUACGUAAUACAGAAGUGGAAUUUUGCUACCUAGCUCGCAAUAUAAAAAUCUUAAGAUUUAAGGCAAAGCUGCACUUGUUACAGAGCCAAACAGAGAUGUUUGAGGAAACAUGGUGGGUCUUGGUGCACAGGAGACAGUGCACGCAUUAAUCAUAUUAUCACCCAGGCAGAGAGACUGCAAAUUAUUAUUAGAGAAAAGGGGAAUGAUCUUCUUCCUUUAUAUCCCUGAUAAUCAACUGUUAAAUAAGAUUUGAUAAGUAAGUUUGGCGCAAGGCCACAGUUAACAGAUAACCUGGUUCAGUUAAUUUUGUUUUCUGCAACCAUUUCUUACUUUAGGAAUCUAAGUAAGGUGUGAAUUUAGGAAAUUAUGAAAUAAGAUUUUACUACAGAUGCACAUUUCAAAUGUUAUAAAUAUUAUAAUAUCAAUGGCAUUAGGUGAUUGUCGGGAAUUGUACUCAAAAUCAUUGGAGAUGUGACUAAUCUUUUUUCCAUUAAACUUGUCCUGCUUUGCAUUGGGCUGACAAUCAGAGUGUCAGGCAUGAACGAAAUAAAUCAGAAAUAUUUGGUAAUCAAAAGAAAAAAACAAAAUGAGAAAGGUGGAAAGUGUAUUCGGCUAAGAAUUGGUUAUCAAGACCAGACCUCGGCUGUAAUGCUGUUGACAGCCUUCAGGAUCAAAUGCAAGAGUUAUGAGAAGGCUAGAAGGCUGUUUCAAAUGGGUUUGCUAAUUCACAAUGUGUUCCUGGAUUCUGCAGUAGUCCUGAAUCUCCCCACGUCAUUUUGUCAUGCUGGACCCCUUGACAUCAGGACAAGCUGGCAGAAGCCUGCAGUACUGCAAAAUCCUGGAGGCACUUGGUGGGUUUGGCAGCAUCUAUGGGUGGGGGUGGAAUGGUUACUUGGUGUUUCAGAUCAAGCCUCUUCUUCUGGACAGGUUGAGACCCUUCAUCUGAGUCAUUCCGAAAUGCCGACUGUCCAUUUUCCUCCAUAGAUGCUGCCUGGCCCACUGAAAUCCUCCAACAGUUUUAGUGUUGCUCCUGAUUCCACCACCUUGUAGUCCCCUCUGGCUCCAAAAUCCUGGAAUAUGCCUUAUGGAAUACACUUGCACCAGGAUUACACUGAUGAAUGGGAAAUGGUUACAGAUUUAAAAGACAGUCAUUGUAAAUGAACAUCUUAUUUAUUUUAGACCAAAAUAAAUCCUAAUAAUUCAGGUUGGUUUAGUACAGAAUCCAGAAUAUGUUAAUUCGAUAUGGCAUUAUCGAAGAAGCAUUAGUCAUUCAGUCUGGAGAAAAUGAGAUUGUUUGCAUUAGAAAAAAGAUAAUCAGAUUGGCAUAAUUGUAUUUAUGAAAUUAUGUUAUAUAAAUCAUAGUGGGGGAAAACUGGCUGAAUAAUAAUUCAAAUUAUGAAUUACUAAAGGUGAGAUUAAGGGAACACCUUUGUAGAGAGUUUUUAAGUUAUUAACUGUAUUAUGAAAACACGAUUGUUUUUAAAUUGCUAGUAGAUAAAGAUCUAAAAUAAUUUGUUUAAAUGGCUGUGGGGAGAGGGCAAGACCACGAAGAGAGCUCCACAGUCUGUACAGAGCGGUGAACACUCUGGGAUAAUAAAAUUGUAUUGGACCUACAUUCUGAAAUAUUCAUUUCUGAAGGUAUGACGAAGAGGGUUUAUAGUAUGGCAGUCUUCGAUCCCACCUAUGUCCCAAGUCCAUAACUGGGUGACUCUGACAGUGCUAGCCAGAUAUCGGUCAUCUACAGACCGGAAAUGUAUUUGGAGGUCUGGGUGACAGGUGGUGGGGGGGGGCAGCUUCGUGACAACGUGCAGCUUAAAAGUCAGGGUGUGUCAAAGGGUCUUGACUGGAGACGUGGAAGGGGGAAAAAUCUAUAACUUUGUUGGAAGGGAACUGAAGUGCUAACCAAGGAGACAUAACCCUGACACGUACCCCUCAGCCAUACUGCAGGUUAAUCAGCACUCUAGCCACUUCCUCCAUGGUACUUUAGGGAUGACCAAAGCUGGGUGGAGGAAACCUGAUGAGAGCUAAGAACAAGCUUGGGCUUAUUACCGAUUAGUCAGCAAAUUAGCACAGGAGUAGAGGGGAAAACUGAAGGUUAAUGGAAAAAAGAUUGGGGUCAAGAUGAGGGAUCCUUUUUCUCCCUCUCUUGUUUAGAAUCUCUGAAUACUCAUUACAGCCUUUUAUCUUCUUAUCAUUAAGAUCAUAUUUACUUGUUUAUAUAUAUAUAUAUAUAUAAAAAUAUAUAUAAUUAUACAUAUAAAGUCCCUUGCUAUGAUAAUGCUUGGGGCCGUCCGUCACUGUGUCGAGUCUACAGGAUGUUGACAGACUGAAAAUGUUUUACUUUAAUGUCCUUUUUAACUUGCUUCAAGAGCAUGUGAACAGCAGGUCGGCCCCUCCCAGAAUAAAGAAAGUAAGCGUAGUGAUAUAUUAUAGGCCUAUGUUGAUGCAGAGGCUAGUUUGGUGAAUAUGUAAAUGUAAAAUUCAUCACUGAUGUGGAUUAGUAAUCCUGAUUUUUUUGAGAUAUAAUUGAAGACUAUAAUGGAAACUAGUAUGAACAGGGACUUGUAAUAGUACUGCAUGCAAAGGAUAAUGUUAAAAGUGUUAUUAAUGUGUUUGUACUUGCAGAGAAACCUGCUUAAAUGGUCACUUUCAUACUAAAUUACCAUUGUACUGCGAACGUGGCUGGAUGUGGCCUUUGGUCAGAGCUGGAAAAACUUCUUCAGAAAUAGGAUCCCCUCAGCUGACUCCAACCCCAUCAGAUCCCAUUCCUGUUAGAGCUUCACCCACCCAUAAACCCCCAUUUCCUGGCCAAAGGCCAUCAUCGCUUCUGAUCUAAAUGCAACCCCCAUUAUACACUCCAUAGAGAGACUCACACCCCUGAACAAAACCAAAACUCGUCACAGCGUCCAAAACAGCACUCGAGAAGCUGGUCUAUCAGCUGGUCCCAGGAGCUAAAACCGGGAUCUGCUGUAGAACAAAGACAGAAAUGAAAGUUACGGAAUUGUACAGCUCAAAAGAGGCUAUUUGGCCAUCAAGUGAUUCGGAGAGCAGCUCCAAUAAUGCCACGCCUUCCUGUAGUUUAUUUUUCUUUUCAGGUAUACAUUCUUUCAAAGUUACUCUUCAACCUGGUUUCUGGGCAGUAUGUUUCAGUUUAUAAUAUUGUUUAAAAUAAUCCUGCCCCCUCUCCUCUUUGCUUCUUUAGUUAAUUCUUCUGGGCUUGCCAGUUGCCCAAGUCCUCCCUUUCCUAAACUGCUCCCUGUACUGUACAUCUACCAUAGAAGGUUGCCACAAACCAUGAGACUAGAUGAUAUGUUGGGGUUGAUGCAGAUGGAGGGGUGGUUAUGAGGUGAGGUAUAGAGGUAUCUGUCACCCUCAGCUAUAAAGGUGGCUUGUGGCACAGGUCACUAACUCAAUUUUAUGAAACUUCUGUACCCUCCUGGUCACCAACUUUUGGAGAGCAGUCCUGAGCGAUAAUGUAAGUAAAAAUAGGACUCAUGUUCUCGAACAAAAACUCACCUCCACCACACCAGACGUCGCCUUCCUGACCCUAACCUCCCACAGUUAUGUGCUGUAGACUAGGAUAAUGAGAUUGAAGUGUUUUGGGGUCAAGUACAAGGGAGAGAGCUCACAUUUGGACCCACAGGUGUCCAUAUAAUGCAGGUUUAACUGUAAGUCCAUUGGAUCAGCCUAGUCCAUUAAUGGAGCAGGUUUAUAAAACGUGUGUUUUAUCGAUGUGGGGGCUUAAUCCCCAGACAGUGUUGGUAAAUUAUGUAGGAACAUUCCUGUUAAGAAAUUUUAUAUUUCACUUUCCAGUAAAUUUGUUUCUCUUUAUUUGAAUCCAAAGCUG